AUGUAGUUUCAAAACCAUUAAAAUCAAAGAUAAUCAAGGAAUAGAAUAUUUGAUUCCCCAAUUUCAGAAUCACUAUCUUUAUCAAGAAAUUUAUCAACUAAUUUUACUCCUGUACAAUAUGAUGAAAAUUAAAAACAAUUUAUUAAAACAUCACAAUUUUCUAUUAGCACUCCAGUUGAUUAAUCAAUUUAAGAAGCAUAGUUUUAGUAGCCUAUUUAAGCAGAAAUUCCCUUUGGAAUAUAAAAUACUCCUUAAUUUUUCAAGCAAAAUAACAAAGUUAUCAGAAGAGAACUAGAAAAAUAUAUCGAUGAAAGUGGAUAGUUAAAAAUUGAUGAAGGAUAAUCAGAUGAAAUAGAAUCAAGUGAAGAAAGUCUUAAAUCCUUUCCUCAAAAUAAUAUUAGUAAUUUUGAAAGAAAAGAAAAUCAUAAAUAAUAGUUUUAAACAACAAAUCAUGAAAAUUAAUAGGAGUACACAUUAAAAAUUUCAGAUCUAAAAUCAGAAUAAAUCUUAAAGGAUAGUUAAAUACAAGAAAAUCAAUUAGAUAGUAACUCUUAAAGAAUAACACAAAAUAUUUUUAGUGUAUAAAAAACCUAAAUAGAUUAAUAGAGUGCAUAAUCUAUAUAAUCUGUAAAAAAUGAAAAUUAAGACUUAUCUAUAUCUAAUGUUUAAAUAAGUUAAUAAAUUCAUUAAUAAUCUUUUGAUUAAUCAAAUAUUAGUUAAUGGUCAAUUGAUUAAAUUGAAAUAUUAAUUUAAGGAAUAUAAGUUACAAAGUAUAGUCGUAAGACAUUAUUUGGUAAAAAGAGAAGAAUAUUAUAAGUUUCUCCAGAUCUAAAAUUAAUAAUAUUUAGAAAUUUAGAACAUAAAAUUACUAAGAUAUACUCAAUUAAUAAAAUUACUAAAAUGGAAAAAGGAGCUAAUACAGAAACAUUUAGAUUGUAUAAACCAAAAUCAGAUAUUUUAUGGUUAUGCUUUUCAAUAUUUCUUGAUGAAAGAACAGUUGAUCUAAGUGUAAAAACUUAAGAAUAGUUAAGAUAAAUUUUAGAUUGUCUUUAUGGAUUAAUUUAAAAACAUUGA